AUGCUGCGCCAUAACCACGAUAGAAUCGACCCCAAGAGACGCAAUGUCGUUGAUCACCGCAAGAGGCAGUUCGCCACGCCCCAGUACAAGAGCGUCGACUAUCCCUAUCGCCUCAACUUCUACGCAGAUGCGCCCACGGCCGACAUCACCCUGGAACAGUUUGAGCAAUGGGCCAUUGACAGAUUAAGAGUACUUGCGGAACUGGAGGCGUGUUCCUUCCGCAACAAAUCACCAGCAGAGACGGCAACGCAUAUGAAAUCCAUUAUCGACAAGUAUCUACCGCUCGAUUCGAACACUAGUUCCUCCAAGAUCGCCCUACAGAGACAGAAAGAUCACUACAGCCACUUCAUCCUCCGGUUGGCAUUCUCAUCAACGGAAGAUCUGCGCCGGCGAUUCACCAGGGUUGAGACGAUGCUCUUCCGGAUGAGACUUGCCAGCGACGACCAGAGCGAACGCAACAGCUUCAUCAACAGUUUGAAUCUGGACUGGUGCCUCCCCGUGACGGACGAGGAGAAGGCAGAGCUUGCGUCAGAGCUUGCAGACGUGAGCCCGAGGAGGACGAAUGUCGAGGAGGAAACAUGGUUCAAGGUCGACUGGGAACGCGUGCCCGAUCUGGUCGAAAGCCGCCGAGUGUUUGUCAAGCGCGGAAUGGCCUAUGUGCCAGGCCGCGAGCAGUCCAGCAUGAUCACCGUGGAGUUCCAGGCGAGGCUUGAGAAGCAACUCGAGCUGACCGCACGAGCCCUUCCUCGUCUCGAUGAAGACGACCGUCUGACUCCUAUCCUGAACCAUCUCUCCAAGAACUUCAUAACCCCCGAUUCGGCCUACAUGUCCGGCACUUCCGCCCCUGACGGAGCACAGAUCUCGGCCGCGAACAUUGACAACCUGUCACAGCACUUCCCUGCUUGCAUGUCGCAUCUUCACCGCUCGCUCCGCCGCGACGCCCACCUGAAGCACUUUGGCCGACUGCAGUACACGCUCUUCUUGAAGGGUAUCGGUCUGAGCCUAGAGGAGUGCUUGAUGUUUUGGCGCAACGGGUUCCACAAGAUCACCGAGGAGCAGUUCAACAAGGAGUAUCGGUACAACGUCAGGCACGUCUACGGCGACGUGGGCGGAGACUCGAACCGCAGGGGCGGCGGCUACAGCCCCUACAGCUGCCAGAAGAUCCUGACGGAGCACCCACCUGGCCCCGGCGAGGCUCACGGCUGCCCCUACCGGCACUUCAGCAAGGACAACCUCGAGGCGCUGGUGCAGGCCAUGGGAGUCUCUGAUAGCAGUGUUCUGAAGGGCAUUCACGAGGACAAGGCCAAAAACCAGCAUCACAUGGCUUGUAACAGGGUAUUUGACCACUUACACCAGAACGAGAUCAAGAGGGCCAAGGCCGAGGAGAUCCUCACCUCGAACCAAUUAAUUACCAUCGUCCAUCCAAACGAGUAUUUCAAACGGAGUUAUCUACUCAAGAACUUGGAUAGCGCUGCAGAUGUGAAAAUGGAGGGGUAA